AAUGUGUCAUACUUCGUCGUCAUCGUCAAAUCAAUAAACACAUAUAGCUUGUUUUUCUAUUGAUCGGGACAUCGAGAACAAUGAAUUAGUGACUAUUAAUUUUGUCUAGACCAUUGUCAAAGUACAAGUAUUAUAAUAUCGGACUCAGCGAUAGAUAUUGAGGAUUGUGAAGGCAGUUAAUUGAAAAGUUUGCAGGAUGGGUGCAGUGUUGGGCCUUUGUUCAGCUGCUCAGUUGGCAUGCUGCUGUGGCAGUGCAGCAUGUUCCCUGUGCUGCUCAGCGUGUCCGUCAUGUGCCAACUCCACGUCCACUCGUCUCAUGUACACACUCAUGCUGCUACUUGUGAUGGUGGUAGCUUGCAUUACACUAGCUCCUGGACUACAAGAUGAAAUGAAAAAGGUACCAUUUUGUAAAAACUCGACACACUAUAUACCUGGGGACUUUAAAGUGGACUGUGAUCAGGCUGUUGGUUACUUGGCUGUGUACAGAAUAUGUUUUGCAACAUGUCUCUUCUUUGUUUUGAUGGCUCUUAUAACAAUUGGAGUAAAGUCUUCUAAAGAUCCUCGUGCUGGCAUACAAAAUGGCUUCUGGGGCAUCAAGUAUCUCCUUGUAAUUGGAGGCAUAAUUGGAGCUUUCUUUAUCCCUGAAGGACAAUUUGCUUCAACCUGGAUGGUGUUUGGCAUGAUCGGCGGUUUUGGCUUUAUAGUUAUACAACUCAUUCUUAUCAUUGAUUUUGCUCAUUCUUGGGCUGAAAGAUGGGUUUCCAAUUAUGAGGAAUCGGAGUCACGUGGCUGGUACGCGGCGCUACUGUUCUCCAUGCUUGCUGCCUACACCCUCGCAUUCAUCGGAGCCAUCCUGCUUUUCAUGUAUUACACUGAGCCAGAGGGUUGUGGCCUGAACAAGUUCUUCAUUUCAAUAAACCUGAUCCUCAUACUGGCUGCGAGUGGUAUAUCAGUCCUGCCGGCGGUGCAAGAGCACCAGCCUCGCUCGGGGCUGCUGCAGUCGGCCGUGGUCUCCAUGUACGUAAUGUACCUCACCUGGUCGGCUCUCUCCAACGGCUCCAAGGAUUGUAACACCAUCUCGUCCAAUGAGGAAGAAAAAGGAUAUUGGUCAUCCUUCGACAAGCAGUCUAUUAUCGGGCUGGUCAUUUGGGUCUGCAGUGUGUUGUACUCAUCCAUCAGAACUGCGUCCUCCUCGUCUAAAAUCACCAUGUCGGAGCACAUCCUAGCCAAGGAAGGCACAGGGCAAGGAGGGCUCAUUGCUAACGAAGAGGGCGCUGACGGCGGCGAGGCGGGCCGCACUGAGGAGACCAAGGUGUUUGACAACGAGGGCGACGGCGUGGCCUACUCCUGGACGUUCUUCCACAUCGUGUUCGCUCUAGCCACCUUGUACAUCAUGAUGACACUCACAAAUUGGUACAACCCGAGUUCACAGCUUUCGAAGGAGAAUGUCGCCUCGAUGUGGAUCAAGAUCACAUCUUCUUGGCUGUGUGUGGGUCUCUACAUCUGGACUCUGGUCGCACCAGCCAUAUUCCCUGACAGAGAAUUCAACUAGUUGAUUUCUUCUUGUUUCAUGAAUGGGUGUUUUAUGUUAUACUGGGCUAAAUGCGAGUCAAUGCUAUGCUAUAUUCAGCCCCAAAAUGUAUAAGCUUGAUUGGCUCUAGUGGAGCAUAGAACAACUAAUAAUUUUAAUCUGAUUUUAAUUAGUAACUUGCCUUUAAAAUUUUGUCUUUAAAUUCUUGUAGAAAAUAUACCUCCAGUUUCUCAAAGGCUUGUCAAAUUAAUUAACAACUACGUGUCAGUUGCCAUUAUGAUCAAAUAAAACGAUUUAUACUUGUAUUAUAAGUGAAGGCUAUUUUUGUCAAGAUGAAUCUGAAUCGAAAAUGUGAUGAUCUCACACACCCACCACUCAACCAACGAAGCAUUUAGUAGCCAGUCGACAAUCGUAUUUAAAAAACUAAUUUCAAUGUAAAAAUAAACAGCGCAUUGUAAAUUCUUGACAAUAAAGUAGUUUCAUUUUUUAAAUAUUCAUUUAAAUAUUUCAAUUGAUAUUUUUACACGAUUCUAUCAAUACUACAACCCUAGUAACCUAAAAUAUCAAAUGUCAGUAGUCAAAACAUAGCCUUCUUAUACGAAUGUCAAGAGAUUUAAACGCUGACUAGAUUUGAUCAGCCUUUCAGAAACCGAGUGUUAUUAUUGUAAUAAGUCAUGUAAAUCCUUAAUUAUAAGAUCUCAUAAGAUUAUUUUCUGUAUUUCGUUAUAGCUAAAAUAAAAAAUGAAAUUUAUUUGUCCACAAAUCGUUAUUGCAUUUUUUAGCAUUAAAAUCGGAAUGUUAUAAUACUGCUUUAAAUAUCUGUAUCUACAACUAACAAAAUAAUUUACCAAUACAUUCAGUCUACCCACUA